UAAUUAAGAAUUCAGUUUAGAAAGCAUUCCAAAAUUAAAAUCCAAUAUUUCUAAUAUAAGUUCUUUUAAAAAACAUUAAAAUUAAGCUUUAUCUUUUCAGAAAUGCUUUUUGUGGUAAAAGAAAAUGGUCUCAUAGAGAUAAAGGGGAUAUUUGUGAAAUGAGAGAAAGGUCAUUUAGUGGUGGUUGUUCGUCUAAAUCGUCUUAUUUCAAAAACGAUUUUAAAUGUAAAAAAUACGAAAGUGAAAAGAAAAGGAAGGACUCUGUCUUACAACCAGGAAAAAUCAUAUUGAAAUCGCAAAACAACGAAGGUUCAAAGACAUCUCCAUUUUCUAAUACUCCCACGUUACCUGGUAGCUCAAGUUUUAAUUUUGUCUACAAAAACUCUUCUAAGAAUGGGACACCUAUACUAUCAAAAAUGACUGGGUAUAGAGUAGCUACUGAUCUGCCACCUAUUUUCAAUCCAACAACAAGCUCAGGGAAACAUAACAGAAAAUUCAAGGGUUUCAAUAAAAGUCACCCACCAAAUGCACUUAGAAAUCCCUUGCAAUUUGAAGAUUCAAACAGUGGCAUGGAUUGUGCAGGAAAUGAAUCAAGCUCUUUGAGUAGCAGUGAUUCAGAUGGGGUCGUGACAAAUGAUAGUGAUAGAGAAGGUGAUGACGAAUUAACCGAUUGGCCUGGAAUUGAAGAGUUAAAAGUCUUCAACAAGAGCUUGACAUUCAAAUCAUCAAAAUCUGUCAAUAACAACAAUAACUCUCCAAAUUCUGUGAAUAUGCCCCCACCGAAGAGGCUGAAAAAGGAAAAAUUGCUUGUGAAAAGUGGCUGGGCCAGUUGUAAAAACAGAUUCAAGAAGAAAAGAGCUAAAGUUGAUUCAGGUAAUGAUGACGAUGCCAUGAUGUCAGAUUCAAAGACCGUAGUCGAUGUUGAAGACGAUAUGUUUUGUAAGGAGAAUCGUGAUAUAUUGCAGCCGCACUCCUCUUUUUCUAGCUUUAGCGAUAUAAAGAACGCUGGAGUGUCAGGACAGAAUGCGAACGAGUCAUUUUUUCAAUCUUUCCAGGCAUUUCAGAAGAGAUCGGCUCAACAGGAUGAGCGGUUUAGUCAGACGCCGCGCACAAACUUUUCGUUGCAGAAAACUUCAUCGAGUGAUUUAAACGUCAGCGAGAGAUCUCCACAGAGCGAUCAUUAUUUCAGCGAGCAUUCCAUGGGACAUGCCGGAGUUAAUGAAGUCAGAGAGAUCAGAGCUGGCUGCCGGCGAAUAAGGGAAGAGAGACCUGGAUUUCUUAUAUUGAGUGCUGCCAAUGAGCAGUUGUCCAAAUUUCUACAAGAUUCUUGCCAAAGCGAACUGAAGCUGCCGAGUUUCAAUGAUCCUGGGGAGAAGGCGAAAUUGGAAUCCUUAGCCAAAUUGUAUUCGUUGAAGUUACAAGUUGAAAUGGGCAGGCCCAUUCUUAGAAAAACGAGUAACACGAUGCAGGCAGUUCGCGUAGAACAUUCCUAUCACAACUUUCCUACUGACCAUAAGCGUCGUUGCUAUGGAGACGAUGCUGAUUCAAGUCUCAGUCUCAGUGAUAAUUCCGUCAAUUCAAUUAACGAUCUCGAUGACCGGGACCACGUCAGUAGUAAGCCUAACUUCAGCGAUAUGGUGGCACAAGACUUGGUGGACACAUUCUCAAAUACUCACGUCGAUAAAUCGCUAUUGGAUCCAGGGGAAGUCGAUUAAGGUAUAGUUGAAUUAUCGGUAAUUCAUCUUGCAUUCAGUCGCAAUACAAUUUC